AUGCUACGGGCGCCAGGGGUCACUUCCGUCUGUGGGAGAGAUCAUCGCGUCUCACUGGGCCGCUACCGCCCGCCUCAAGCUGGGCAUCCCCCAGCCAACCACCACAGCUUGCUUGCUCUACUGGGUGCCUGGAACGGCCGGACUCUGCGCCCUGGACUCGCAGAUGACAUCCAACAGAUCGACGAUGCUCGAAAGACCACAGUAAUAGACAAGGAACACUCAAGACUGGGCACUGACAUCACCUGCCUGCAAGAGACUCGUCUGGCUGACAGCGGUUCUAUCAGAGAGACCAACUACACCUUCUUCUGGCAGGGCUGGCCUCAGGAUGACCCAAGACAACAUGGCGUAGGCCUCGCUGUGAGGAACUCGCUGAUACUAGCCAUAGAACCACCAACUGGUGAAUCUGAGAGAAUCCUAGCACUGCGCCUCUCAACAUCUACAGGUUUCGCCAACGUCCUCUGCAUCUACGCGCCAACGCUCUGCGCCAACACAGAGUACCCGCAAUGCCCUCAGAGCUGCUCACAGCAAGGCCCAACAGAUUGCACGCUGCUGUGCCAACGACUACUGGCUGAAUCUGUGCAGCAGGAUCCAGACGGCUGCCUACAGUGGAAACGCAAGUGGCGUGUACGCCGGAAUCAAAACCGCUACAGGUUGCACUCUCAUCAAGACGGCUCCGCUGAAGUCCACUACCUGAAGCUUUAUGCAACCCAGAACGUGGUGACUGAUGCCACUCUGGAUGACUUGAUCAGUCUCCCAGUCAUGGAGGAGUUUGAUGCCUUGCCCUCUGCAUCUUCUGCGGGAGUACCCUGGGAGGGAUGCGAUCCCAUCGGAGUUUCUGAAGAGUGGAAAGCCACCUCUGCUGUGGCAUCUCCACGAGCUUCUGUGUCUGUGCUGGGAGAAGGGCCACGUUCCCCGGGACAUACGAGAUGCCAACAUUGUCACCCUCUAUAA